CCCGACCCAUGUACACCCCUACCCUUUGCAUGAUGGAUGGAAAGUUGUUGUCUGUGGUGAUCGAUGGUGGUAGUUGCACCAAUUUAGCGAGUCUUGAUGCACUUAAGAAUCCGAGGCUAAGUACUAUUAAGCAUCCAUAACCUUACAACCUUCACUGGCUGAACGACUAUGGAGCCAUCAAGGUUCAUAAGAAGGCCAAGGUUUGAUUUCAGAUUGGUGAGUAUGUAGAUGAAGUCUGGUGUGAUGUUGCUCCAAUGGAAGCUUAUCAUCUCUUAUUGAGUCGUCCGUGGAAAUAUGAUCAUGGAGUUACUCACGACGGAAGGUAGAAUAAUUAUCGGUUCAAGCAAGGCGAUUGAAAGUUCCUGCUCAACCUAUUGUUGCCAGCUAAAGUUCGAGAAGAUCGGCGACAAAUGGAGCUGAAUUGGUUAAGAGAGAAGGGAAAUGGAAGUGGCACGAAUUCGGAGGACGGGAGUGGAACUCAUCUUUUGGUUUGAAGGCACAUGUUGACUGCUAUGGAGAAUUCCAUUUGGAAAUACUAUUUACGUUGUCUCUUGCAGGAAAACACCAGCUUUGAGGGAAACACUUCUCCAACGGGAAGGGACUGAUGCGAGCCUCAAGAGCCCAAAAACCAUGCCCGUCGAAGCUUGGAGAGAGAGAGGCGUAUCGUGGAAGCAAGAAGGGGCGAUGAAGGCAAACACCUCGGCCAGUGGUGCCAAUUUCCACCCGGGGAUUUCAAGGGUUCACUCAGGGAUUUAGAUAGGGGGUUUUCUCCGGCGAUUAGCAACAUUUUCCGCGUUGGGGAUUUGAAGACCUGACCCGGAGAUCGGGGUCUGACGAGUUAAAACUUUCUUGUUGGUUUAGAAUUUCUUUCCUUUUAAGUGUUUGGACAAGUUUGUUGUUUCCCUAACCUAUAUAAAGGCUUAAACACGAGUUUUAUGUUAGACAUCGAAGAAUAUUGAGUUUAUUUUGGUUCAUUGAGCUUUAGCCUGUGAAUUCUAUCUCUGUAUCAAUAAGGUUUUCCCCCUUGAUUGUGGUUGAGAUUCUACCCUUAUAUUGGUAGAGCCUUAUCCCAGGCGUGAGAUUGCAGUUCAGUUUCGCCUUAUCUCUAUCUGCUAUUCUGUUAUUUCUAUUUUUAGCUGCGUGACUUUGAUAAUUACGAGUGUCGAUUUCGUACUCGUAUCGGUUUUGUACUCGUAUCAUAGGAGUCCAAAUUCAUGGAGCCAUAACAUAAGCAAACAAAACAAGUACGAAAGAUUUAAAAUUUAUGGACAAAUUCAUGAUAAGUGGGAUUUGGGUAUGAUCCAAAUCAAAUAUGUAGACAAACUCUUAAAUUUUAUCGUGACUUCUCCAUAUUUGGAGGAGGGUCAUAGUGAAUGGGUUGGACGUUGGAGAGGGGAAAGGCUAAAUCCUAUAUCUCCAAAUUUAGAUGCUAGGAUUAGAAACAGCCCAUGACCAUUCUUCAAGCCCAAUCCAUGACUUUCGUUCCGUGUAGCGUUUAAAGAGUUUUUACUGUUGCGGAGAAAAAAGCAGCAGAAGAAAACCCUAAGCACACACAAAAACCCUGGUUUCUCUUUCUCUUCUCCAAUCCAAACAGAAGCCGAGAAAGAAGAAGCAGAAGGCACGUCUCUCCGGCAGUCUUCCAAUGGCGGGAACUGUUCAUGAAGCCACCAAGGCCGUCUCUGAUAUUGAACUCAAUUCUGCCGAAGAAACCAUUAGCAAAAAUGCCCGCAAAAAGGAGCUGAAGAAUAAGCAGAAGGAGGAGGAGAGGAAGCGCAAAGAGGAAGAGCGAGCCAAGCAGGCUGCUGCUAAACCUAGCUCUAAAACACAAAAGCCUGCUGGAGAUGAUGACGAAAUGGACCCCACACAAUACUUUGAGAAUAGGCUCAAAUAUCUCGAAGCACAGAAGAGUGAAGCGAAAAAUCCUUAUCCUCACAAGUUCUUUGUUACUCUUACAAUUUCUGAGUAUGUAGACAAGUUUGGGAGUCUGAGCAAUGGAGAGCAUCUUGAAGAUGUUUCUGCUUCUUUGGCUGGCCGGAUCAUGACUAAACGUUCAUCCUCUUCAAAGCUCUUAUUCUAUGAUCUGCAUGCUGGUGGUGCAAAGGUUCAAGUUAUGGCCGACGCAAGCAAGUCUGGCAUGGAGGAAGCUGACUUUUCGAGGUUUCACGCUGCUGUGAAGCGUGGUGAUAUUGUUGGUGUUACUGGAUUUCCAGGGAAAACAAAAAGAGGUGAGCUUAGCAUAUUCCCAAGAGAAUUUGUGGUCUUGUCUCAUUGUCUUCAUAUGAUGCCUCGACAGAAACCCGCGGCUGGCUCUGACAAUGCAAAUGUCAAGAAAUCUGAAGCAUGGCGUCCUGGAUUAACUAGGAAUCCUGAAACUUAUAUUUUAAAGGAUCAGGAAACACGAUAUCGUCAGAGAUAUCUUGAUCUCAUGGUAAAUCCCGAAGUUCCCAACAUAUUCGUGACUAGAACGAAGAUAAUCAAAUAUAUCAGAAGCUUCCUAGACAACCUUAAUUUCUUGGAGGUUGAAACACCUAAUUUAAACAUGAUUGCUGGUGGAGCAGCUGCUCGCCCCUUUGUGACUCAUCACAAUGAUCUGAACAUGAGGCUGAAUAUGAGAAUAGCACCUGAACUUCCUUUGAAGCAGCUAGUUGUUGGUGGACUUCACCGUGUUUAUGAGAUUGGAAAACAAUUCAGAAACGAGGGCAUUGAUUUGACACAUAAUCCCGAGUUCACAACCUGCGAGUUCUACAUGGCCUUUGCCGAUUAUAACGACCUCAUGGAGAUCACUGAGGACUUGUUAAGUGGAAUGGUCAAGCAACUUACUGGUGGUUACAAGGUUAAUUAUCAUGCAAAUGGACUUGAUAAAGAUCCAAUAGAAAUUGACUUUACUCCCCCUUUCAGGAGGAUUGACAUGAUAGAGGAGUUGGAAAAGAUGGCCAACCUUAGCAUACCAAAGGAUUUUGCAAGUGAUGAGACUAACAAGUACCUGGCAGCUGCAUGUGAGAGAUUCGAUAUCAAAUGCCCUCCUCCUCUAACAACAGCUCGUCUGCUGGACAAACUUGUGGGGCACUUCCUGGAAGAGACUUGCACGAAUCCAACUUUUAUCAUCAAUCAUCCUGAAAUCAUGAGUCCGCUCGCAAAGUGGCAUAGAUCCAAACCAGGCUUGACUGAACGUUUUGAAUUGUUUAUCAACAAGCAUGAACUUUGCAAUGCAUACACUGAACUAAAUGAUCCUGUGGUGCAACGACAACGAUUUGCUGAUCAACUCAAGGAUCGACAGUCUGGUGACGACGAAGCAAUGGCUUUGGAUGAAACGUUUUGCACCGCUCUUGAAUAUGGUUUGCCUCCAACCGGUGGAUGGGGCCUGGGUGUUGACCGACUGACUAUGCUGCUAACUGAUUCACAGAACAUCAAGGAAGUACUUCUCUUCCCAGCUAUGAAGCCACAGGAUGAACCUCCCACUAAAGCAGCUGCAGCAGUACCAGCAUCUUCAUAAGGAGUUUGAACCUUGCUGCACAGCUUAUUUUCCACCACAUGCUUUACAUUGACGGCCUGAUGGUAUUGGCUCAUUGAAUAUGAUCUUUGGCGUAAUUGUAUUCUCGCUGUACACUUGCAAUUUUUUGCCAGCGGUGGGUAAGGUUUUUGGUAGAUGGGAUCUCUGAAUUUUAUUGCCCAAAUGACAUGAUCAAUUAUAUAAAAAACGUGGUCACGAAUGACCUGCAGGGCUGUGAGUAGUGAUAUGUGUGCGGAUCAGUUUUGGGUAAUAUAUGGGAGUAGAGUAGGCAAAAUUUUGAUUAAAAUUAUAUUAUGUUAUUUCACUAUAAAAUUUGACAAAGAACCAGGUGAGAAAGAUAUCAGAGGGGCUCAAGAUAGGGUGCAUAGCCAUGGGUUAUGCACCCAUCAAUAACCAAAUCUGUACCUUUCAUUUAGAAAAUCCAGAUCUAAAGAUGGAGAAUUAAAGACCAUUUUUAUUUUUCCUAGCUUUUUUAAUCGGCUCAUAUCUUUUUCGAUUUAAUUCGAAUUUUUUAAUUUUUUUUACAAAGAUGGAACAAGUUUAUCUUGCUCUACAAAAUGAGAUUAAUUUUCAAUAUUUUUUUAGAAAAAAAAAUUCUGGCCUCUCGGUACCAACUGCAUACCAUAUGGUAUUUUCUUCGUUUUUAAUUCGUUUUUGAAACGUUUGCACAGAAGGAACGAGUUCAUCAUGAACUAUUGGAUCUAUAAAUUUCUGGGUGAACAAAUUACAUGACCAAAAAAUACCACACAAUACCAUACAAUACCACAAUGGUACGGGGUGGUAUAUUAUGGUAUAUUAUGGUAUUUUCUUCGUUUUUAAUUCAUAUUUGAAAACGUUUGCACAGAAGGGACGAGUUCAUCAUGAUCUAUUGGAUCUAUAAAUUUCUGGGUGAACAAAUUACAUGACCAAAAAAUACCAUACAAUACCACCCUGGUAUGGGGUGGUAUAUUAUGGUACACAAUGAUAAAAGUUGUAAAUGACAGUUAAUAUACUUCUACUAUCAUGUAUUCAACCAUCCUAUAAUCUUGGUUUGUUCAUACCACCAUGGUACGCUUUUCAAACCAUAAUAUGUUCUUAUUACAAUACCAGUCAAUACCAUAUGGUAUAGACUGUUAAAAAAUGGCUCAAUUUUUUUUUUGUUCGAAAAAUAUAUCAAAGUGGAUAUUAUUUUGAAGAGCACAAUUAAUCAGAUCUAACUGUGCAAAAAACUUAAAUUUCGACUUAAAACGAGUGAGAAAUCGUCUGUCAAAGAUUAAGAAAGGGAAAAUUAAAGGCUUUCCAGGAGAGGGAUGCUGAUGUCAUGCUGAUGUGGGCUGGUUACUCAUAGUUACUCACCAUAAGGUUACUGACCUAAUCCGUUCCCUACCAGAGGGAUUUGAUUUCACCCAACCAACCGCAAUGUCCGGCUGAAGGCUGUCCAAUUCCUUUUCCUUAGAAAAAAUUUCCAAAAACUCUUUUUCUACACUCUGCGAGUGGUAAUUUUUUUAAUUUCGUUGGGAAAGUUAGCUAUUGGGAAUCUAGUUCACCAACGGCAUUUUCUUAUCAUAGUUAGUGGAGAUGGAUCCCGAAAAACCUAUCAAUCUUAUAAUCCUACACUACAAUGAUUUAAAUUCUUAAAUUUUUUAAAAUCUUACGAUUUUUAAGGAUUUUAAUGUAUAUGUUGAAUUAAUGAAUUUGGACCAAAUCAAAUAGUCAAAUGAAUAAGAUAAAAUCUU